AUGGAGCCUAUGAUGGGGGCUUUGGGUCCUCAAAAGCCCAAGAAAAAACGUAUUCGCAAUUGGACGGCAGAGGACCGAGCCGUUCAUCGAGAGUUUGAGAAGUCACGCCGCGAAGCCUUUAGCGAGCGUCUUGCUAAGCUGGCGACUUUACUGCCUAUGCUGAAGACAGAACAGCGCCCUUCCAAGCAUAUAAUUGUGGACGCUAGUAUCGCUCAACACAAAGCUCAGCAGACCAAAAACCUUCAGGCAGUGCAUACAAUCCAGAAGCUUAUGAGUGAACGUGAAGAUUUACUGCGUGAAACUAAUAGUCUUCGCGCUAUUUGUCAACCAGGAACUCGUGUCUCGCGCCAAGCUCAGCCAAUAGACCCCGCGGUCGUCAAGAUGCUGGCAGACCAUAACGAGCUAGCUUUGGGGCCCGUGGAAAGACCUGAUGAGCGGCAUAAGCUGCCUUUGUCAUUGAAUACUCAUGCAAGAAGGUUGAUUCCCACCUCGAUCGGUACUUCAGUACCCAGACACGUGUCCCAUCCUCCGUGCCCUGACAACAUACCACUCUCACCCCAUGAUUUCACGAACUGGGCUUGGACAUCCCGAGAAAAAUCUCGCGAACUCACUGCUUUACCUACUACUGCACCAGAAGCCUCUCUGCAAUGGACACAAUCUCCCGGCGUAUUGACAACGACCCCACCUAAAGAUGUCGACUCUGGAUACGAUACGAAUCCCACUCAUCUCAUUGAUGACGCUGCCCUUUUCUGGUUCCAACAUCCUAGAUACUUAAACACUACACCUCCCCGAGAUGGAGACAUACCAUUAAACGUCAAUGCACCCCACAUGCCGAGCGACCCAUCCAUGUUGUGGCCUCCUCCCCUGGUUGUCCCCAAUACAAAAUAA